AUGUUGAAAUCAACUCUGUUCUCAGUGCUCCUCAUGCUCCUUCUUGCAUGCUCAUUUGGAAAUGUUUCUGGAAACGAGUUCUUCCUGAGAAGUGCCAAGUGGGUCAGCAAAAUGAAUCCGUCUGGAGGAACUCUGGUCAGUGGGAGAGGUGGAUUUCGUCCAGGUUUUGUAUCCAGAGACUGGCGACAUGCCAUGGCAGAGCCAAAUUUUGUCAAGAGGUCCUACUACGACUACUGA